AUGCAGCGUUGGAAAGUGGCAGUGGCCUUUGAGAGCUUUAGUAAAGCCCAUGGUUUGACCGCACCGCUCAAAGGAAACCUGUCUCUCUCUCAAAUCCCUAAAAUCGCCCUCCUCUCAUCGUCAUUGUCAGAGCUCACUCUGGUCGCCAAAACCAGCGCCGCCCUCCCUCCUUCCCUCUCUCUCGCCAAAACAAGCGCCGCCCUCCUCUCAUCGUCGCCGUCGUCGGAGUUCUCGCCGCCUCCUCCUCCCCUAAAAUCCCUAAUUCGAUCUCCUCCUCUGAUUCGAGCUCCUCCUCCUUCAUUUGUAUAUUCGAGCUCCUCCUCCUUCAUUUGUAGAUUCGAGCUCCUCUUCCUCCUCCUCCUCCUCCUCCUCCUUCGUCGCUGCUGCCUUUUGUCCUCUACAUUGAAAGCUUGCACUUCCAUCUUGAGUGAACAGGUGGCUAACCGCAUAGAUUGGGGACUUCAUUAUGCAACUAAUCUUUGUGGUAUCAAGAAUUCUGUUCUGAUCUCAGAGCUUAGGAGCGCAUCUUUUCUCAAAACAGCUUCUAACAAUGUGCAUCGCAAGAUGUGGAAUCGACUAGGAGAAGAAUGGGAAAAUGAAGCUGCGACGCUAAUUAAGUAUGGUUUUCAGUUCCUGCUGAUGGAAACCAAUGCCCAACUGUGGUACAUAGUAGGGGAGUAUAUCUCAUCUUCUGAGGAUUAUGGCGUGGACCCCACAGAUUUGAUAUCGUUUCUUCUUGAGCUUAGUUUUCAUACCAUGGGCAAGUGGGUGAUUCUAGAUCAAGUUCAAAAGAGGAGAUCAUUUGAGGUACAGAAAUGAUGAAAGCCAAGAUUGAGAUUGAUACUGACAGGUUCCUAGUGAGUAUUUGACAUUGAGGAACAAGUUUUUAGAAACAAAUAGAGAAUAUAGUCUUUGACCGAGAAGUUUCAUGUUUUGUAAUCAAAUGUUGAUGUACAUUGUUUGAAAGUUAGUUCGGUACGAUAUUUUCUGAGUUGAAAUGUUGGUAGUGUGGAUUUAAUACUUUGUAGUUUUUAUACUAUACUGAUGUAUGUUGGCACUUAUCAUUAUGGUUGAUUAUGCUCAACAUAAUCACUUUUAUAUUGUGUAUUAAAAUU